CAUCAGGGGGUGGCACUUGUUUCUGUAAGAGGAUCGUCUGGUAGCAUGUCAAUAGACGAUAAGCCGAGGUAACACACCACCGUAGUGACCAGAUUAAAUGUAUACACUGCGGUGCCUCUCUGUAGCCACAUGGGCUAAAGUUUUCAGCAGAUUGCCCACAAGACUGAAGAGCACCGGAGGAAGACCUUCAGCUCCACUGGGAUCACGGUUUCUCACCGAUCCUGAUGACAUCUUUAAGCACAACAUGUGGGAUCAUGUACAGUGGACAGAAGAGUACAAAGAGAAUGCACGGCAGAAGGCAGAAGAAAAUUUCUGUGUACAUAUUCCUUUAAAGGAACAAGUUAAAUUUGACACAGAAGCUUUCCAGUACUGGGACAAGUUUUAUGAGAUGCACCAGAAUAAGUUCUUCAAAGAUCGCGAGUGGCUGUUUUUAGAAUUUCCAGAACUGCUUCCUUCAAGUGCAAAAAGUCAAGUCACCAACAAGUGUCGAGGUGAUAAGCAGGCAGAAAUCCUGCCACGUAGUGGAUCCAGAAGGGACACAGAGACGCAGCACCAUCAACACAAUGGUGCCACUCAUCCUCACAGAAAUACAGACAACUGUGAAGGAACAGCUCGAGAAAAUAAUGACGAAGCCAUACAGACUUGUACUUUCCCUGGACAACAUGCAUCUUUCAGGAUCUUGGAGGUUGGAUGUGGGGUUGGUAACAGUGUAUUUCCCAUUGUUAAUUCCAUAAAGGAAACAGAUGCAUUUCUGUAUUGUUGUGACUUCUCCCCUCGUGCCAUUCAGCUGGUCAAGGACCAUCCAGACUAUGAUGACUCUGUGUGUCAUGCCUUUGUCCAUGACAUUCGUGAGGAGUUGGCCUCGUUUCCCUUCCCUCCUCAGAGCCUGGAUGUUAUUCUGGCAGUCUUUGUGUUCUCCUCCAUUCAUCCAGAGCGAAUACAGGGAGUUGUGAACCGACUAUCGACAUUUUUGAAACAUGGAGGUACAUUCCUCUUCCGUGAUUAUGGGAGAUAUGACUUCACACAGCUGAGGUUUAAGAAGGGACGGUGCUUAUCUGAGAAUUUCUACACACGUGGAGAUGGAACCUGUGUUUAUUUUUUCACAAAAGAAGAGGUUCAUGAUUUAUUUUCUAAAGCUGGACUGGAAGAAAUUCAGAAUCUGGAGGACAGACGGCUACAAGUGAACAGGAAAAAGAAAGUUGUAAUGCACCGGGUUUGGAUGCAAAGCAAGUACUGGAAAUCAUAUCCACCGUCACCAUCUUAACGCCUCAAUAAGUAGCCUACAGCCUCAUUUGGACCUAUAUGCCUUUUUAUAUAUUCUAUAUUAUUCAUUCUUUUUUUUCUCUUUUUGUUUGUUUGUUUGGGUAAAAAAACUGUGUAGGUGUACAACAAAACUGUGAAAUGACCUUGUAAAACAUAUUGUCAAACAUAACUGUUGCAUUGGGUUUUUAUGCACUGUAGAGCACCGUGUUAAUAUUGGGAGAAUUUAUUCAGGACAGGUUCACAGGGACAAACAAUUCAAGAUGCAUUAGGCUUUAAAAAUGUAAAACUUUGAUAAUAAUUGAAAUUAAAUUAAUGGUUCUAUUUUUUUAUUUUUUUGUUGUUAGGCCACACUAAGCCCAUUU